AUGACUGUCGCUUCCAGAAUUGUCUCGGAUGCUUCCGUCCAGGAACAGUCCGACAUUACCAAAUCAGGAGCGGUAAGACCCUUUGCAGAGCAGCAAGACGACGCAGAUCCAUCUGUGCGUGCAGUCUCCUCCAAGAUCUUGGAUGUCAUCUUCGAGUAUGCCUUGAACAAAUUCAGCGACAGCAAAGAAAGGCUUGAGUCCGGUAGGCCCAAGUUUCUGUCCGUCGUGGGCAAAUUCGUGGCUAAGAGGACAAGAGUUGAGAUGUGCCUACCAGCAUUUCCUUUCAAAUCAGCAAACAAAGCCUACAAGGUUUUUGGCAUAUUGCCCGACAAAGCGGAGGAGAUUGCGUUAGAUCGGCUCAAUACUAUGUGCAUCCGCAUCGGCGAGAUCUACCAGCCUGGCGCUCGAUGCAUUAUCAUCUCAGAUGGCGUUGUCUACAACGACCUAUUGAGUAUUCCCGAUCGUGACACCUGGGCCUAUGGGGAGGCACUUCGGCAAUUAGCUUCUGAUCAAGGCUUCCAGCACAUAUCAUUUUCCAGGAUCCGAGACUUGGUCGACCUUCCUCUGCCAGCUGAGAUGCAUGAGAUUGCCUAUGUCGCCAAUGCGACCAAUUUCCGCCGAGCCCUUCUCAACCGCUUCGGCAAAGACGAUAUCGACAUUGACCAAGAGAUUGAGAAAGACCCUGACACCAAGAUGACUUACCUUGGGUACCGGCGGUUCCUCGAAUCUGAUCUCAAGCAUAUCUUUCCAGUCGGCAAUGGACGAACAGCAAAUACAUAUCGCAGAGAUGUGAGGUAUCUUGCGAAGCAGAUGUUGAUCCGAGGCUAUGCCUUCGCCGCUGCUGUCAAGCACGGUUUCCCUAAUCACCUCCGUCUGUCUAUCCACCAAUCUACUGGUGAGAAUAAAAUUUCUUUGAGCUUGCUCAACACCAGGACGGGCUUCACUACCCCGUGGCACUGUUGUGUUGCCCUGACAGCGACCGGGGAAUGGACUAGUGCUCCAAAGGGAGAGUAUCUGAAAGACCCAAACAUGCAGAUUAUCUACGAGAAUGGUCGACCGAGCUACUUCCAGGAAGUUGCAAAUAACAACGAGUCUGGUCAAAAAGCUGGGACGGAGACCCUAGAGGUAAAAGGCCGUGAGGUGCAGAGCAAUGCACCGCUUACUGAGCUUCAAGAGCUAGUCUCCUUGUCCCUGACAGAAGCAGAGAGAGAAAGAAUAACCGCGCUUGCAAAUUUCAUGAUGUCGGCCGACUUCAAGCAGUACGACAAGAUGGCGAAGUCGGGACAUACAUUUAUCGGCAGGGUUCCAGAUUGUAAACCAAACGAGCUCAACACAGUGGCAUGGCUCAAGGAGCUAAUAUGUGCCGCGGCUAGAGACACUGAGAGAUGUAGCAAGGGCCCCGGUGUGAGUUGUCAAGACAUACCAGCAAGCGGUGAAUAG